CUUACCACAACACCUUUUGCUUCAAUUUCCAUUUUGUAGUUGUAGCAAUCUUCAAACUCUCUCUUUCUCCCGCAAAUUCGAUUUUUUAUUGGCCAUAGCCAUUGAUUUUUACAAAUUCAAAGCAAAAUGCUUCCACAACGCAUGAAGAAAGCGAUCACUGAUAACCCAAAGAAGCUUGCAAACUUGAUUGACCUCGUCAACCUUCCUUCCACUCUCAGAGAAUUCGUAGGUCAGUCUCAGAUUUCUCGUUUGGGCUGUUUCAAGUGCGUUUGGUCCUACAUCAAAACCAAUAAUCUUCAGGAUCCAAACAACAAGAAUGUGGUCAACUGUGAUGAAAAGCUAAAAAGUAUUUUGUUGGGGAAACCUCAGGUGGAGUUAGCAGAACUUCCUGCACUUAUCAAGCUACAUUUUCCAAAAGAGCCCAAAUGAUGUCUAUAAGAUAUAAAUCAAGAUGUCUGUCUUAUUGGAGAACAUAACCUUCUUCAAGAUGAGUUUCUGAAUUCAUUUCCUUUUUCGCUUUUCCUCCCUCAUACUGUAACGACCUAUGUGUAGGAACCUAGCUGUUGAACCAUCAAAUUGGCAGUUUUCUUUAUGCUGUAUGGAUGGAUUAAUCUUAUUACAUGUAAUCCAACUUAAGAAGUCCUAUUUCAAAGCAUGCUUUUGCCACUUUCUGAAUUUGUAAUUAAGAAU